AUGAAGCAAAAAGCUUAUAGUUUAAAAAUACUGCAACAAUUUUAUCGAUAUGGAGGUGAAGAGCCUAAGCGUCAAAGCUUAGACGCUCGUCCAAGUGAGUCCCGAGAUAUCCGUACAUCAUACGGAGGCAAUUCUAGAAACUACGACCGUGGUGGUCGGCGCGACGACCGCGAACGUGACCGCGACCGUGAUUACGAUCGCGGCUACGACUCGCGAUAUCCGCGCAGAGACCGCGCUAUAGAAUCUGGCCCAGGUCGUGAUACCGGAUACCAGAAUGGAGAGUCAGAUCGCUGGUCCGAGUCGGAGCGAUGGAGCGAGCGUGGAGGGCGCGGGCGCGAGCGCGACGUGCGCCGCGACGAGGACACCGAGCCGCCGGCGCCGCGCAACGACCGUUGGAAAGAGCCCGAGCCGCGCACCGAGGAGCGCACCAACUCGCGCUGGGCCUCGGACGAUGUGCGUCGCACGAGCUCCCGCAGGGACGAGAAUGACUGGACGAUCCCGUUACCUCGCGACGAGCGGCAGGAGUUGGAGCUGUUUGGCACUGGCAACACUGGCAUUAACUUCUCAAAAUACGAGGAUAUACCGGUUGAGGCCAGCGGCGACCGCGUACCGGACUUUAUCACCAGCUUUGAGGAUGUUAACUUGACGGAAAUAAUGCGUUCGAACAUUAUGAUGGCUCGUUAUGACAAGCCGACGCCGGUGCAGAAGUACGCUAUUCCUAUAGUAUUGGGACAUAGAGACGUGAUGGCAUGCGCUCAGACGGGUUCCGGCAAAACCGCCGCUUUCCUGGUGCCAAUACUCAAUCAGAUGUAUGAAGCGGGGCCCGUAAAAAAUAUGGGACCAUACAAGCCACGCAAACAGUAUCCCCUGGGAUUGGUGUUAGCUCCAACUCGUGAACUCGCCACCCAAAUUUACGACGAGGCUAGAAAAUUCGCCUACCGUUCCCGUGUGCGACCCUGUGUUGUAUAUGGAGGUUCCCCAGUUCCUGAUCAACUGCGUGAAUUAGAACGAGGCUGCCACCUGCUGGUGGCCACACCCGGUCGUCUCGUGGACAUGUUGGCUCGCGGCCGUGUCGCACUCGACCACUGUCGUCACUUGGUACUUGACGAAGCUGAUCGUAUGCUUGACAUGGGUUUCGAGCCGCAGAUCCGAAAGAUUGUCGAGUGCCACACCAUGCCCAAAACUGGUGAACGACAGACCUUGAUGUUCUCAGCAACCUUCCCCAAGCAGAUUCAAGUACUGGCACAGGACUUUCUGCAUAAUUAUGUUUUCUUGGCAGUUGGACGUGUUGGGUCCACAUCAGAGAAUAUUACACAAAAGGUGGUCUGGGUAGAGGAGUCACACAAGCGUUCAUUUUUGUUGGACUUGUUGAACGCCUCUAAUUUAUUACAACGUGCGCGCCCGGAAGAAGAUCAACUUACCCUUGUUUUUGUUGAAACUAAGAAAGGUGCUGACCAGCUCGAGGAUUAUUUGCACAGCGAGGGCUACCCAGUGACGUCGAUCCACGGCGACCGCACGCAGCGCGAGCGCGAGGAGGCGUUGCGUCGCUUCCGCUCCGGACAGACGCCAAUACUCGUGGCCACGGCGGUGGCCGCUAGAGGUCUCGACAUACCCCAUGUGCGUCACGUUAUCAAUUUUGAUUUGCCAUCGGACGUGGAAGAAUACGUGCACCGCAUUGGUCGUACGGGGCGUAUGGGGAACCUUGGUGUUGCCACCUCCUUCUUUAACGACUCCAACCGUGGGCUAGCACGCGAUCUCGUCGAGCUACUUGUCGAGGCUAAACAGGAUGUGCCCAACUGGCUGACGAGCACGGCGGCGGACGGGCGUCUGGGCGGCGGCGGGCGGCGCGCCGGCAGUCGGUCGGGCGGCGGCCGAUCCGGCGGCAGCGCGUUCGGCGCGCGCGACUUCCGCACGCAGCCGCGCCAGCCGCAGCGCUCCGCGGGACCCUCCAUGGGCGGCUCCGGAUUCGGUUACGGCGGCGGCUCGUAUGGCGGCAACUAUGGCGGCUCGUACGGCGGCGGCGGCGGCGGCGGCGGUGGCGGCCCCGACUGGUGGGGUAACGACUCGUAA